CGCGCCUCCUGCGUAGCGGGUUUGGACAUUACUGCUGCGCAGCUCUGAGAGCAACUCUUGGCGGCGGCGAUCUCGGACCACUUGGCAGGUCGCCUCCGAGUGCGCGGAGCGACUCUCGCUCGUGCCCUCGGCGCUUCCGGCUCCUCUGAGCCCCGCCGGGGGCACCAGUUCGCGCCCCAGCUGCGCCGCUGCAGGCUCGGGCCUGGCCGUGGGAUGUUAGCGGUGGGGGCGAUGGAGGGCACUCGGCAGAGCGCGUUCCUGCUCAGCAGCCCGCCCCUGGCCGCCCUACACAGCAUGGCCGAGAUGAAGACCCCACUGUACCCCGCUGCGUACCCCCCUCUUCCCGCCGGCCCCCCCUCUUCCUCGUCUUCGUCGUCGUCCUCGUCGUCGCCUUCCCCGCCUUUGGGUGCCCACAACCCAGGCGGCCUGAAGCCCCCAGCCGCGGGGGGGCUCUCGUCCCUAGGCAGCCCCCCGCAGCAGCUCUCCGUCGCCACCCCACACGGCAUCAACGACAUCCUAAGCCGGCCCUCCAUGCCGGUGGCCUCAGGGGCCGCCCUGCCCUCCGCCUCGCCCUCUGGUUCCUCCUCCUCCUCUUCCUCAUCUGCCUCUGCCUCCUCCGCCUCCGCUGCCGCCGCCGCUGCUGCCGCCGCCGCAGCCGCCGCCUCAUCCCCGGCGGGGUUGUUGGCGGGCCUGCCCCGCUUCAGCAGCCUGAGCCCGCCGCCGCCGCCGCCUGGGCUCUACUUCAGCCCCAGCGCCGCGGCCGUGGCCGCCGUGGGCCGAUACCCCAAGCCGCUGGCGGAGCUGCCCGGCCGGACGCCCAUCUUCUGGCCCGGAGUGAUGCAGAGCCCGCCCUGGAGGGACGCACGCCUGGCUUGUACCCCUCAUCAAGGAUCCAUUUUGUUGGACAAAGACGGGAAGAGAAAACAUACGAGACCCACGUUCUCCGGCCAGCAGAUCUUCGCCCUGGAGAAGACUUUUGAACAAACUAAAUACUUGGCAGGGCCUGAGAGGGCUCGCUUGGCCUAUUCAUUGGGGAUGACAGAGAGUCAGGUCAAGGUUUGGUUCCAGAACCGCCGGACCAAGUGGAGGAAGAAGCACGCGGCCGAGAUGGCCACAGCCAAGAAGAAGCAGGACUCGGAGACCGAGCGGCUCAAGGGGGCCUCGGAGAACGAGGAGGAGGACGACGACUACAACAAGCCUUUGGACCCCAACUCGGACGACGAGAAAAUCACGCAGCUGCUGAAGAAGCACAAGUCCGGCGGCGGCGGCGGCGGCCUGCUGCUGCACGCGACCGAGACCGAGGGCUCGUCCUGAGCGCC